GCUGGCAGAACUGAAUGCACGGGGCUGGAACUGAAAGUCAAAGUAGUUGGGACUUGUGUUACGGUUCGAAGUAAUGGCUGCAGUUGAAUUACCUCCUUCUGCUCUCAUGCGACAUAUGAUAUUGGAGGGAUUUAAAAUGCCUGUCGUUUUUAAUGGGUUUAUAGAAGAUUGGGAAAUACUAUCAUGGAGUUUGGAUACGUGGGCAGAAAAAUUUGGAGACAAGGUUCUUCCAUUUCGAUCAGGUUUUGGAAAGAGCACGAAAGUUCCACAGUGGGAAGGACUAUGUGAAAGAAUAAAUUUAACUUUGAAGGAGUUUGUUAAGUUGGAAAGAAUUGUUGAGAAGAAAGAAGAAAAUACCUCUAAUGACAAUUCCACUAGGUGGAUGUACUUUGAUUAUAAGUACAUGAAUGAAUGGUUUUCUGAUCAACAGAGCCUUUUAAAUGCUGUGACAUGGAAGAACUUUGGUUUCCCGGAGAGAGGAGGUUCACUCUCAACCAUAUGGAUUGGAAAUGAUGGAGCUCACACUCCAUGUCACUUGGACACUUAUGGCUGUAACUUGGUGGCCCAGGUGUAUGGUAGGAAACAGUGGAUUUUAUUCCCACCUGAGAAAACAUCAUCAUUAUUGCCAACUCGAAUUCCAUAUGAAGAAUCAAGUAUAUAUAGCAACUUAAAUUUCUACAGUCCAGAUGCAGAUAUUGCAGAUGAGCUGCAGGAAGCUUAUGUGGUGACUCUGAAACCUGGAGAUGUGCUGUUUGUACCACAUUACUGGUGGCACUAUGUUGAAAAUGUUGGGACAGCAGUGAGCAUCAAUUCAUGGAUUCCUUUGCUGUCAGAUGAUGAAUACAGGCUGGAAGAGGCCCUUGUUAGAUUCUUUGUAUCACAAGUUUGUAAGAAUCUGCCAGAGAAUAAACUCAAUCAGCUUCUCAACCCAAAUGAAGCAGACUUGGUAGAUCAUCCACUUUCCACGGCUGCACAACAAGUUGAAAUCUGUUUAGAACGGUGUCACCAGAACAGAGCUUGUGGCAAGGAAUUGGAUGUGAACGUGGACAGUCAGAGUAUGAAGAAGAGAUCUAGAUUGGAUGGAGAAUCUGAUUUAUAUGUUUGUGGGCAAACAUCAAAUAAGUUGACCCAAGAAGAAGUUCUUUACAAGUACAAGGAUAUCAUAAGUGUUGUACCAAAGUAUUCAGUGUCAGAGUUCAGGAGUUUACUUAUGGAAAAACAGAAAUCAUUUCCAGCACAGAAUAUGGGGGGCAUAUCAUCAGGUGUAGCUGAUGCAGAUAUGAACAGACUGCAGGAUAUAGUUAAUGCCUUUUGUCACCCUGAAAUCAUUUCAAAGAUUAAAGACAAGAUUUUAAUGCAGGUAUGACUGAAUGUAAUGAAAGGUUUUUAUGAAUGUUCACUGUAUAAUUCAUGAACAUUUUCUUCAUAACUUUAUGGCAAAGAGGAAUGUGUAUGUGACCUAUAUAAGGAUUUAGGAAAUUGCCUAUCAUCAGAAACAUUGUAUAUAUACUUGGCUUAUCUGCAGGUGGGAUAUUUUCUCUGGAAAACCUGGUAGGACUUAUGGGGUGGAGUGCUGAGAAAAGAACCUAAUUUUCUUCUUUUAAUCUUGUAUAUAUUGGCUCAAUCUUCACGCCAUGUCAGUUCCAUCCCCAUGGUACAUCAUGCCCUUUGCAUUUGCAUCAUUGCAAGGUCAUCUUGAUCAUACAAAGUGGGAGAAGCAACAGAGAAUAACUGUCAUCCAGCUAUGUCCUCUUGCUGACUUCAGCAUUUAUGCCUGUUGCUGGCUCUCAUACAUUUCAGUGAUGAAAUUUUUGUGAUUACAUCUUUCAUUUAUAACAACUGAAUGUGUGCAAUUAUACUGGGGUGUAUUUUCAUCUUAAUUUACAAUGAAAAUUGAAGGUACAUACAUCUAUAUAAAUAAAAACGUAAAUGUUC